GGACAAAGGGGUUUAGAGAGCGAGUAAAAAACGAAAAACCCUCGCAAACUCGAUACAAUCGAACACUAAACAGAGGUGAACCGCGAACAGGGCGGCCUCUGCAGAACCUCGCCGCGUCUCCCUUCUUCUUCAAGCCUCUUCCUCCGUCUACUGCUUCUUCAACCACGCUGGGACAACCUAUUUGCUGCUUUACGGAGCUCGCCCUCGUUCUCUACACUUUGUCUUCUCCUCCGCCGCUCCAACCUCAUGGCCGCCGCCGCGGAGGUUGUGACCAAGUCGAUUGGCUCGGUAACAUUCAGCGUGUUAUCGGCUGACGAGGUUCGGAAGCAGAGUGUUGUUAGGAUAGCAAACCCUCAGUUGCUUACUGGUGACCCUGGCUCAGCUCUUACCCGUCCUGCACCUGGCGGUCUAUACGACCCUUCUCUAGGUCCUCUUGAUUAUGGUCAAGACAAGUGUCCGACCUGUAGCCAGAGACAAGAUAACUGCCCAGGACACUGUGGCCAUAUUGAGCUAGUUUCUCCAGUCCAUAAUCCUCUGCUGUUUCCUUUUCUGCACAAAAUCUUGCAGAAAACCUGUUUCUUUUGUCAUCACUUCAGAGCAGCGCAUCAACAGGUUGAGAAGUGUGUUUGUCAGUUGAAACUCAUUGCAAAAGGAGAUAUUGUCGGGGCUAGGAGAUUAGAUUCAGUCUCAACAGAUGAGCCUUUAUCUGCGGAUGAAAGUGAAGCAAGCCAUGGAUCUGCCUCUACAAUUUAUUCAGGAACCCAAGACCAAAAUGAUAAUGAUUUGGAGCAGCAAGGAUGGACCUCCCUUCAGCUUGGGGAGGCUAUGUUGAUCUUGAAUAACUUUAUGAGGAAACCAAUCCGGAAAUGCCAGAACUGUGGUGCAUCGAAUCCUAAGAUUUCCAAGCCUAACUAUGGAUGGUUUAGAAUGACUGGGAUGUCAGAUGCUGCUAUCAGAGGAAAUAUAAUAAGAGGCCGGCGACUGAUAAGGCAAUUGGAUGGUGAGGUUGAUGAUACUGAGGAUGUAGAAGAUCCAAUUGAGAAUGCUGCAAGUGGCAGAACCACCAAAAAACAACAUAUAAUAAAUGCUGAUCAAGCACCGCUCUCUUUCACUAGGCAAAAAGAUGCAGCAUCCUGCGAGCUUGUACCAUCAGAGGUGAAAGCAAUUUUGGAACUUCUGUGGGAGAACGAGUCUAGGUUCUGCUCGAUAAUGAGUAAUAUUCAGCAGCAAAUAUUGAGAGGGAAGAAAGCUGGUCCUUCUAUGUUUCUUCUGGAAGUCGUUUUAGUACCUCCAAUCAAGUUCCGUCCUCCUACCAAGGGUGGGGAUUCAGUCAUGGAUCAUCCUCGUACCGUUCUGUUAGGCAAAGUGCUGCAGGCCAAUUUAAAUUUGGCCAAUGUUCAUGCUAAUAAAGAGAGUACAAAAGUGAUUCGACGUUGGUUAGAACUACAACAAUCUGUAAAUGUCUUGUACGAUAACAAAACUGCAGCAGGUGGUCAAAAGGAUAUAGCGGCUGGAGGAUGCCAGAUACUUGAGAAAAAAGAGGGCUUGUUUCGCCAGAAAAUGAUGGGGAAGAGGGUUAAUCAUGCAUGUCGUUCAGUUAUAUCCCCUGACCCCUACCUAGGAGUUAAUGAAAUAGGAAUUCCUCCUGUCUUUGCUAUCAAGUUGACUUAUCCUGAGCGAGUGACUCCAUGGAACAUUGCCAAAUUGAGGAAGGCUGUAAUAAAUGGACCUAAUACACAUCCAGGAGCUACUCAUUAUUUUGAUCAAUCCCAUAGUAUACUGCAAGCUAGUAAGAGGAGGGAUCGCAUUUCAGUAGCAAGGAAGCUGCGUGAAGGAAUGAUUGUAUAUCGCCACUUAGAAGAUGGGGACAUCGUGCUCUGUAAUCGGCAGCCUACACUACACAAGCCUAGCAUAAUGGCACAUGUUGUCCGAGUUCUAAAGGGCGAGAAGACACUUCGCAUGCACUAUGCAAAUUGCAGCACAUACAAUGCCGACUUUGAUGGUGAUGAAAUGAAUGUUCAUUUCCCGCAAGAUGAGAUCUCCCGUGCUGAGGGGUACAACAUCGUCAAUGCUAACAAUCAAUAUGUGAAGCCUUCAAAUGGCGAGCCCCUUCGUAGCCUGAUCCAGGAUCAUAUUGUUAGUUCUGUAUUGCUUACGAAGAGGGAUACUUAUUUGAGUCAAGAAGUGUUUAUCCAAUUAUUAUGCUGUUCUGGUGUCUUCCCUUCUUCUAGGACUUCAUUCUAUGGCAAAUCUAGCCAGAAAGUGUUGUUGGCUUGUUCUGAAGACGACCUUCAGAUUUGCCAACCUGCAAUUCUCAAACCUCUCCCUCUCUGGACUGGGAAACAGGUCAUUACUGCUGUUCUAAACCAAAUAACGAAGGGCCAUUCUCCUAUCACGGUUGAGAAGGAUGCGAAGAUAUCUAGUGACUUCUUUAAGGGCAGAGCUAGCAAACAUGAUAGGAUUUCUGGGACUGGCAAUAAAGGAGUUUCGUUUAGGAUAAAGCCCGAUGAGGAGAAGAUGUUGAUAUCAAAAAAUGAAUUGGUUCGUGGUGUGAUCGACAAAGCUCAGUUUGGUGAAUAUGGCUUGGUGCAUACAGUUCAGGAACUCUUUGGAUCAAAUGCUGCAGGCACUCUUCUCUCUGUUCUAAGUCGGUUGUUUACUGCUUACCUGCAGAUGCAUGGUUUCACAUGUGGGGUUGAUGAUCUGUUGAUAUUGAAAGCCAAAGAUGAUGAAAGGAAGAAACAACUUGAAGGAUGUGAAAAGGAUGCUGAACUAGUUCAUCGUCAUUUCAUUGGAAUCAAAGAUGAGAAACUAAGAAUAGAUCCAGUGGACUUGCAAUUCAAUAUUGAAAAGACUAUGCGAAGUGAAGGGGAAUCUGCAGUGACAUACUUGGAUAACCAGAUGAGAAGUGAACUUAAUUCCAAAACAAGCGGAGGGGUUAUAAAUGAGCUGUUAUCUGAGGCGGUACUUAAACCCUCCGUGUAUAAUUGUAUAUAUCUGAUGACAACUUCAGGAGCUAAAGGCAGCAAGGUAAAUUUCCAACAGAUUUCAUCUUUUCUGGGCCAACAAGAAUUGGAGGGGAAAAGAGUGCCUCGGAUGGUCUCUGGAAAGACAUUACCCAGUUUUCAUCCAUGGGAUUGGGCAGCUCGAGCUGGUGGAUUCAUUAUUGAUCGUUUUCUAACCGGUCUCCGUCCACAAGAGUAUUAUUUUCAUUGCAUGGCUGGUAGAGAAGGGUUGGUUGAUACAGCAGUAAAAACAUCAAGGAGUGGGUAUCUGCAAAGAUGCCUGAUUAAAAAUCUUGAGUGCCUGAAGAUAAAUUAUGAUCAUACAGUUCGUGACGCUGACGGAUCGAUCGUUCAAUUCCAAUACGGGGAGGAUGGAGUUGAUGUCCAUAAAACCAGCUUUCUUGCCAAAUUUGAUGUAUUGGCGAAGAAUCAGGACUUGAUUCUCCAAAAAAGUGGUCGGCAGCCAGACCUUUUCAACAGCUACAUUUCUGAGUUGCCCAAAUCUCUGAAAGAUAAGGCAGACAGUUUUCUGGACGAUUCCUUCUUGAUGGAUCGAAUUUCUUCAAAUCUGGUAAAGCAAACAGAUAUUCAUGAGUUGAUGAAGCAGAAAUUUCUCCUAAGUCUUGCACAACCAGGUGAACCUGUUGGUGUGCUUGCUGCUCAGUCCGUUGGAGAACCAUCGACACAGAUGACGUUGAAUACUUUCCAUUUGGCUGGCCGAGGUGAAGCAAAUGUCACUCUGGGGAUUCCACGUCUUCAGGAGAUCUUAAUGACUGCAUCAAGUGACAUUAAGACUCCAAUUAUGACUUGCCCCUUGAAAGUGGGCAGGACUAAAGAGGUGGCAGAUCGCCUUGCUGAUAAAUUGAAAAAGGUUACAGUGGCAGAUAUAGUGAAGAGUAUGAAGGUCUCUGUAAUCCCAUUUGCCAUUCAAGAUGGACAAGCUUGCAGAAUCUACAAGCUCAAAAUGCAGCUUCACCGCCCGGCUCAUUACCCAAUACAUGCAAAAGUGAACUUUGAACAUUGGGAAGAAACGCUAGAAGUAGUUUUCGUUAGGGAAUUGGAGGAUUCUAUACAGAAUCAUCUGGUCCUGCUGUCCAAAAUUAGCGGCAUCUCAAAUUUCAAGGGGGCAAAUUCAAAGUCUUCAGGCGAUAUGGAUGAAGAAGAAGUUAGUACCACCAGCAAGUCGCCCAUCGUAGAUGAUGGUGAUGAUGAUGGUGACGGUGAUGGUGAAGGGACCGAGGAUUUUGGUUCAGAUGCCAGAAAAAGUAAACUUCAAGGGACUGAUGAAAUGGAGUAUGAAGAUGAUGAAGAUCAAGGCCAUGGCCAUGGUGAGGGCUCCGUGGUCACCGAAGGUGGAUCAGACAACGAAAGUGAAACCGAAAGCGAAAUUCAAACCGAUGCUGAUGGUGCUGAGACCGGGACUGCUGAUGACAUGGUUGACACUGUGAAUUCUGGAAGUACCCUGCGCCCUGCCAAAAGUAAAUCACGAAUCGUAAGCGACUCUCCAGCAAAAGUAGGAGAUAAGAAAGAACGCAAACGGAAGAAGCUCAGGAGAAUGGUUUCCAGAAAAGAUUUUGAUAGAGCUAUAUUCGUGGCAGCCAACGAAUUCGACUUUGAGGUCCACUUUAAGUUCACCAGUGAACCUCAUGUUCUUCUUGCUGAGAUUGCUCAAAAGGCUUCCAAGAAGGUUUAUAUUCAGAACCCCGGGAAGAUCGAGCAGUGUCGUGUGACCGACUGCAAAGACAGUCAAGUGAUCUAUUAUGGUGAAGAUCCAAAGAACAGAAUCAAGAUCAAGCCCGAGGAGAAGAAGAAACUGCCCGCGCUUCAAUCAAUGGGAGUGGACCUCAACUCAUUCUGGAAGAUGCAGAAGGAUCUCGACGUAAGGUACAUAUACACCAACAACAUCUACGCCAUGCUGACAACGUACGGUGUAGAAGCCGCGAGGGAGACGAUAAUCAGGGAGAUCAAUCACGUCUUCGGCUCCUACGGCAUUUCUGUCAGCAACCGCCACCUAUCUCUCAUUGCCGACUACAUGACUCACUCCGGCACCUACCGCCCCAUGAACCGCCUCGGUGGCAUUGCCCAGUCGAUAUCGCCGUUUACCAAGAUGUCCUUUGAGACUGCUUCGAAGUUCAUCGUCCAGGCUGCGUUGCACGGGGAGACCGAUAAUCUGGAAGCGCCGUCUGCUAGGCUCUGCGUCGGGCUGCCGGUGAAGAUGGGUACUGGGUCGUUCGAUGUGAUGCACAAGCUUGAGAUCUGAUUCUGCAUUUGCCACCAGGUGUUGUUGAAGUAGGAUGCCCUUUUUAGAUCUGCCUGGGAUGCGUGGAAAAUUUUGCCGUGUUUUAUAAUUUUGCCUACUUUGGUGGGAGGAAGCUGUAAAAAAAGUCUUGUAGUUUGUUGUGGAUUGCGUCAUGGACUUGCGGGUGGAGAGGGAAUUAGAAAUUUGAUCUAUACUCUACUUACGUGUAGAUGCCAAAUCAUAGUCUAAGAAUUACGCAAGUAGUUAAAUUUUGAGAACAUGUCGAUCAAAUAAGGUGACAUUCUCUAGACAUUAUUAGAUGA